ACAAUUAACAUCAAAAAGUUGUCAACUUACAACAUCAUCAUGGCGGAACAGAAGACUUCGACGAAGGACAUGCCUUUCCGUGCCGCUGAAGGCGUAUCUCGCUUCUUUCUCAUCGAAGCUCUGCGCACCGGUUGCGAGGAUUUGACAGAACAAUCGAAACACCUUGGAUCUGCGCGUGACAAGGCCAAGACGAUACUUGACGACAAGUCUCCUGCUGUGCUCGAGGCUCUACUCCAAGAUGUUUUGAAUGCUUGUGCAAAGAGUCUGCAAGCCCAUGCUGAAAUUGUUGAAGCUGUCGCCGAGACCAUCGCCGUCAACUCUGACAAAGACUCUGUUGAUGAAACGAAAGUCUCGAACAAGUAUGCUCUACUUGUUGGCCAAAUCAAGGAUGCUGCUAUCGGUGUUGAGAAGUUGGGUGCCGCCAACGUCAAGAGAGAAUCACCUCCACUACCAACUGAAAGCGACUUUGACUCGGAACCCGAAGUGAAAUCCUCGAAAAAGCCGCAUGUCCAUGAGCCCAAGCAAUCUACUCCACUGAAGAGAAAGGCCAAGCAUAUCUCAAAUACUUCGGCCACAGUCAAGGAUGCUCCAUCUUCUGAUAGCGUUGAUGAGAAGCCCAUGAAGGGUAAGGGCAAGAAGCUUAGCAAGCUUUCGAAGCUGUCCAAGUCUUCCAAAGCUUUGGAAGAGAACAUCACGCCGCCACCAGAGAAUGAAACUCCAGCCACGCCCUCCGCAUCCAAGCACUCCGCACAGUCAUCUUCUGCUCAGGACUCUGAAGUCAACACCCAAGACGACAAUGACGGCAUCCCACCAUCAACCCCAAAGCCAGAUCUGUUACGCAGAGAGUCUGUCGAAGACAUAAGCUCAGAAGUCAAUGCUCGCCUCGCAGCCAAGGAACGCAAACGCGCCAGUAAGAAGGCAGCCAAGAAGCGCAAGCGUGACUCUGUCGCUUCAGAAAUCUUCUCCCCAGACCCAAAGGCAGAGCCCGAAUACAAAGCGCCCCUGCCGCCGAAGAAGAAGUCUCGUGUCGAUAAAAUCGACGGAGACAGCAAGGGUAAGCGUCAAAACGUUGACGACGCUCCUGGCAGCAAAGCAAAGAAGCAGAAGCACAAGUCCACGACUGAUGAUGACUCAACUGUGAGAUCCGCAGAAGCGAAGCAGGAGUCAGAGUCAGAGGUGGUAGAACCAAGCAUGGGCAAGGCAAGAGCUUAUCAUGCUGAGAAGCUCUCAGCAGCACAGGAAAAGGCCAACAAGUCGAAGCGCAGACGUUCUUCGAAUGGCGCUGACGUCCAGACGCCGGCGGCUGUGCCAGAUGCUUUCCACGAGACCAACACUCGCAAGAAGCGCAGAGUCGGUUUUUAAUAGUGCUAUAUGGGAUAUCGAGCGAGCGGGAAAAGACGCGGUGGUCAGAAUUAUCGCUCAGACGAAGCGAAUAGACGAUGCUUGAGGGACGCAAUAAACGUCUCA